UCAGCCCUGCCAAUCUCCAUUAAAUACAAUACCUUCUUCCUUUUUCCAUGGCAUCCAUACAUCCGGUUUUCUUCAUUUGCCUUGUAAUUAAUCACCCUCAUUGAGUUUCAUCUCUGUAUUGAAAAUAGCUCAAUUUGUAGCCUAAAUGGCAUCAAAAAGAAUAUUGAAGGAGCUCAAGGACUUGCAGAGAGAUCCCCCAACUUCAUGCAGUGCAGGUAAAAGAACAGUAAGGUUUGGAUACAUCAUCUUGGUUCAUUCUCGUUUGGAAGGUUGCGUGAUUAUGCAUCUUAUAUUUAUAUUUUCAGGUCCUGUGGCUGAGGAUAUGUUCCAUUGGCAAGCUACCAUCAUUGGUCCAAAUGACAGUCCAUAUGCUGGUGGUGUUUUCCUUGUCACCAUUUAUUUCCCACCUGAUUAUCCUUUCAAACCUCCCAAGGUUGCCUUCAGGACCAAGGUUUUCCAUCCAAACAUCAACAGCAAUGGAAAUAUCUGCUUGGACAUACUCAAGGAACAAUGGAGUCCUGCACUCACCAUAUCCAAGGUUUUACUCUCCAUAUGUUCCCUGCUUACAGACCCAAACCCUGAUGAUCCACUGGUUCCUGAAAUAGCUCAUAUGUGCAAGACUGACAAAAUCAAGUAUGAGUCUACUGCUCGGAGCUGGACCCAAAAAUAUGCCAUGGGAUGAACCCUGAAUCAGAAUUGCACUUUCUUCUCCUCUAUUUAAAAUUUUUCCAUCUUCUAUUUGUCAUACUUCCUUAAUAAGGAAUGGGAUUAUCGGGUGCAAAUAAACAUAACAGAGCAUUCAUGCAAUAAUAAAUUUGUAAUUUGAUUAUCUCAUCAAUGAUCAUUGCUUGAACUUGAAA